UUCUUUGGACACUGCUCCUGCUUUCCACGGUGGCGAUGGCUUGGCUAUAUAGGCAUCGCCUUUCUUGAGGCAGGAAGAGGAAAACGGUGGCAGCCAGAUAUUGUUUGAAGCAGUUGAAGACCUUCCUGUCAGACACUGUUGGCUGUUGCACAAUCAAGAGACACAAUGCUUUGUGGUAAAUAGCAUUUAAAAUCAGCUCUGUUUGCAUUGGUGGAGGAAACGCGGAUUCCAAAAAAAAAUCAUUUUCUUGAAAAUAAUGGUGCAGCACAUUUUAUGAUUGAAUUUUUUAAAAAUAAAACUACUUUUUAAAACAAAUCUAUAUAAAAUGUUGAAUUAAAAAAAACCUAGAAAAAAGUUGUGUGUAAUGUUUUUUCCUUUUAAAAAAACUUGUAAUUUUACUGCUUUUUUUCUAAUAUAUAUAUAUAUAUAUAUACUUUAUUCUCAGGGUUUUUUUUCUCCAUAAUUUACUUUUUUUCCCCUCUUCAGCACAUUCUAAAAAUAGAAUUUAACAAGAAAAUUACUUUAAAAAAAAACAAACUUUUUCAAAAACAGCAAAAAUGGACAAAGCAGUCAGCAGUAAUUUUACAAGAAUAAAGUCAAAAUGUUAAUAGAAAAAAAGUUAUUUCAUGAGAAUAAAUUAAUAUGAAGAAAAUGUCAUUUUAGUAGCAUAAAGUUAAUUUGUUUUAAAGGUUGUCAUAUGAGAAACAAAAAGAAUCAAGUAAUUUUUGAAAAAUUAGAUUGGGGUAAAACUUGUAAAAUUACGAGAAUAAGGUGAAAAUAUGGGAAUAAAGUCAAUUACAAGAGGAAAGUUGAAAUAGUUGGAAAUUGAAAAAAAAACAGCUGUUGUUUUACGAGAACAAAGUCAAAAUACUAAAAGCAAAAAAUAAGUCACAAUUUUUCGUAAAUGGGGAAAAAUAAUGUCAUUUUAGUAGACGUUCGCCUAUAUCACAAUGCUGAAAUGCAUUUAAAAAAUAUAUAUAUAACGUCUUAGCUUAUCUACAUGGGUUGGUUUACAAAAUAUCAGAGUGGCCCUUGCAUUCUUUCUUUUUUCAGUGUGUGGCCUUCAGUGGAAAAAGUUUGGACACCCCUGAGUUAAACACUAGUUCCCUUCAAGGCGUCCCCUAUUGGUCUGAAAUAUAGCUGCAAUUUAAGCCACAACGGUAAAUACAUCCAUCUUCUAUGCCGCUUAUCCACACUCGUGUCACGGGUAUGCUGGAGCCUAUCCCAGCUGACUUGGGGCGAGAGGCGGGGUACACCCUGGACUGGUCGCCAGCCAAUCGCAGGACACAUACAGUAUAGACAAACAAACAUUGCGGUAAAUACAGUAGAUCACAAUUCUGAUUUUUGUCUGGCUACCCCAGUUUCCUCCCCCAUUCCAAAAAAACAUGCAUGUAAGGUUAAUUGGCGACUCUAAAUUGUCCAUAGGUAGGAAUGUGACUGAAUGGUGCCCUGCGAUUGGCUGGCCUCCACCACCUCCAUUGAAUUCUACGAUGCACAGACAGACAGCACGAGUCAUGUUGAAUAGUUUUGAAGGCGUGGCGCAAUAUUUGAUAAAUAUCUCUUCACAGCGUGUUCAGGCAGACUUCCUGUCUAAUCUUGCCUCAUCUUUAUCUCGAGUUCAGAAGUGCCUGGCAUUUGUAAAGUUCGUCAGACUUGUCACCACAAUAGAUCGGGUACAGUGCUGAACUGCCAUUUAAUGAGAAUGCAGGACAAGGACUGCAGCAGCCCCGCUUAUGGAAUGAAAGAUCAUCAGCAUUUGCAUCAUCCUCAAGGUACACAUGUCAUACUGGCUAACUCUUUUUGGUAUAUUGUGUUAGACUAAUUAUCACAUGCAGUAAAUAGGCAAAGAGAGUUUUGUAAUGUGCAUAAUUGUAGUUUGAAUUGUUGUGGAGUGUUUGCAUGCGCUUACUGUUCUUCUGCUUCAGAUGAGAGAACCGCGGUGCAAAAGAGAACCUUCAGCAGGUGGAUGAAUGUGUUUCUGCAAAGAGUAAGGCACACAAGCACUGGGUAGUUUAAUGUGAAAUGUGCUUUUGAAACUAUUGUUGCCAUAUACAGUAUAUGAGGGCUGGGCGAUAUUGUACAUUUUUGCAUUGGUCUGAUGCCAAGUGCAGGGCCCGUAUUACCGAUACUGAUACUUUUUACUUGAAAUGUUUCAAAACCAUUGAAAGAUUUUUGUGGUUUUGCUUUUAACAUUUCAGAAAACAUGUGAAACUAAUUUACAUUUUCAAAAAAUACAUUACGACCAGUCCAGGGUGUACCCGGCUUCUCGCCCGAAGUCAGCUGGGAUAGGCUCCAGCAUACCCCCGCGACCAUAGUGAGGACAAGCAGUAGAAAAUGGAUGUACUGUAUAUAAAUAAUCUUUAACAAAACUUUAAACAAAUCAACGUUUCAGGAAACACAUAAAAAAAAAAGACAAAAAACAAAUUACAGUACAAUCACACAAACCGGGCAGGGAAUACAAUAAUCCCUCACCACUUCUCACUUUGAAUUUCACGGUCUUUCAUGAAUAUAUAAAUUAAUAAAUCAUGCUAUUUCGUGUUAAAAAAAUGCAUUAAGCUCAUUUGAAGCAUUUUUUGUUUGCCUAAAUUGAGCAUUUCCAAGCAUACAAAUGGUUAAAUGAACUAAAAUACAGUACAAAUAUAAGGCAUUCAGAAGACACAUUCAAAGACAUUGGGAAGAUAUGUAGUAUUCUACACUGGUCACUAGGUGUCAGUAAUGUUACACUGAUGAGACAAUAGCCACUGCAGGAAGUACUGUCGAGAACAGGAAGUAAAAAAAAAAAGAACAACAAUGAACUCUCCCAAUGCCAGCGUGCCUUAUUUUGUGUUAUUAUGGCUACUACUGCAUAUUAGGUAAUAUAAGUGCCAUCGUGUAUCUCAUGUAGAGGGCUCUAAUAAUGUUAAAAACAGUAUUUAAAAGGUCAUAGGUUUUGUAUGCUCUAUGAAAAUAUUCCACUUAGAAUUAAGGAGUUCUAUUUCACGGAAAUUCACAUAUCACGGAUAACCACGACACGCAAGGGAUUAUUCUACACCAAAGCCCAGAUGAACAGGAAUGGAGGCGAAUAAAGGUGCAUGUCGUUCAAACGAUUAGUUUGAAAUAUGCGAGUGUGCGUGGUGUGUUGAAUAAAGGCAUGAAAUGGUUGAAAACAAGGCUAUCAACCAGCUUAUCUCCCGCGUCAAACAUAAUGAAUGUAGCAGAUGAAAAUAGCGCUUCCAACACCUAUCUGUCAGCAUGAAUACAGUCUUUCAUCAUUUCUCUUUGCUGUUAUUCCACGAGGGUGAUCCAUCCAUGAUCCUUAAUGACAGUAUUCAACUUGCAUCACGCUAGUAUCGCAUCACUGCUGAUACUACCGCUGGUUUCCUUUUCAUUCAUUCCAGUGCGACCCUCCAGUCAAAGUGCAUGACCUGUUCGUGGACAUUCAAGAUGGCCGAAUUCUUAUGGCCCUGUUGGAAGAGCUGUCUGGGUGCAAACUAGUUUAGGUCAUCAACUCACCGCAUGUUAAGACUGAGCAACAUUUCCAAGGCCCUUGCUUUCUUGGAUGAAAGACACGUGAAACUGCUUGGCAUUGAUGCUCCUGGUAUCGCUGAUGGCAUCCCUUCAGUGGUUCUUCCUCUUAUAUGGACCAUCAUACUGCAUUUCCAGGUGAAACAGGUGACAGCAGGACACUUGUUUCCGAGCCAACCAUCAGUAUCGGUGAGCAGCUACCUCUCCUCCAGUGAUUUAGACAAUGCUGGCAGCUACUCCAGCAACACUCUGCCAAGUAAACCCAAAAACGCCACCAAGGAACCAAAGUACAAGAGGAAAGCGAUCGAAAGACUCCUGCUAUUGGUGCAAAGAUGCACCUCCAAGUUUGGCAUAGAGGUUCAUGACUUUGGGAAGAGUUGGAGAAGCGGACUAGCAUUCCAAGCUAUCAUUAAGUCCAGAAAUCCAACAUUGGUUAACAUGACGGAGAGCCUGUCCAUGGAGCCAAGAGAAUGCAUUCAGCGGGCUUUUACCAUAGCCCGUCGUCAUUUACGUAUUCCAUCUUUGCUUGAUCCUGAAGAUGUGGCAUGCAUAUCCCCCGAUGAACAGUCCAUCAUCACUUACGUGUCCAUGCUCAUGGGAUGCCAUUCGCUCAUUGAUAAGGAUCACACUGCAGAUAUGGAGGAGAGCGUUCCCUGGAUCCCAAAUUUGAGAUCUGCUGUCAAUGCAGAGACCACUGUUGGGGAUCUAUCAGCCCACUGCGUUGAGAAGAGCAGUGAGCAGGAUCUUUGGGAACGGUGGACAACAACAUCUUUUGGAAGCUCUUGUGACAACUCCUCUUCACACUAUCGUCGCAGCAGCACCAAACACCCCGAGGGAGCCUCACAAGUAAGUGGAAAGAAAGUCGGACAGGCCUCAGAGCCCCCGAGUCCGCUGAAGGCAGGAGGAAUCAGCCAGGAGAUCCGAUCAUGGAUGGAGAAGGGAUGCAGCAAAGCAAAGAGAGAUGAGGGUCAUUUCUCCAUGAGUUCCGAGGAAGGGAUUUACAGCUUGUCAGCGCUGGACUCAGAGGAGGAGGACGCACACAGCCGCAACGUGGACAUAAACAAAGACGUUUUUCAUUCAUACGCUUUGUUCAGAAGAGAAGUAGCAAGAGUUGAAGAAGAAACAUUUGAAGAAAUGAUGCUGAAUGGAGAAAAAUCCCAACACCUGAAAGCUCCAAUCGAGGAGGGUAACGAUGACGGUGAUGACGAGAGCGGGGAAGGGAAAGUGGGAAAAUAUACAUCAGUGAAGAGGAAAGCUGGUCAGUGGAAGACGGAAGAAUGUGGCCGAAUGAAAGACGACACACGCUCCCAAAUAAGCGUGGGAGGAUUCUUUCCUCAAUCUUCUCCUGCGUCAUGUGACACCACCCCAUUGGAGCUGAAAAUGCUCUUGCUGCUGUGGAUCCUGCUCUACUGCUGCCUCAUUGUGCCUCAAAUGAACCUUUGAAUCACCCCGCAGUGCACCCUCCUUAUUAAAAAGUGCUUAUUGUGCUUGUUUGGGGGCUGGGGGAUACGUCUUCUGUAUCUGUGUCACGCACUGUUUCCCUCAAGACAACAUUUAAUGAUUAUAUUUGGGCAUCUUACAGCCAAUAGCACACGGUUAUCAUCAAAAUUACACCCAUUUGCUUGCUCUGCUGCUUACUGCUUACACUACAAAUUGCACACAUAGGUUUUGGCGUUUUUGUUUUUUUUUAACUAAAUCUAUGCAUGUUUAAUUGAAAAGUGUGGCAAAAUCAUUUUAAUUUCACCCACAAGGUGGCACUGCAGCAUCAACUACAGUGCUGUAUCACGUCAUCUGCAGACAAUCCCGCAUUAUCUGCUGUUUAAUUACGUACUGACAUAGUGAGAUUAAUUUGAUAAUACUUAAUGAGCACUUUGAUAUUUCACACUCUGCCUACUUUUGAUUUUCAAGUACCGUGUGAUCAUCAAUGAUGGCAAGCUGACAUGCUUAAUGAUACAACACACGGGUGUGUUGUAUUGCCCCGCAGCACGUUGUAAAAGUCUAAUUUAACAAGAAACCUAAAACAAAGCAAAAAAAAAAAAAAAAUGAAAAAAAUAUCAUCAGUAAUUUGACAAGAAUAAAGUGAAAAUAUUAAGAGAAAAAUGUAAUCUAACGAGAAAAAGUUACUUUACAACAAUAACGUCGUAAUUUUAGGAGCAUAAAGUUGAAAUAUUAAAGAAAAACACUUUUUUUAUUAUGAAGUUGUAGAUAUGACAAGCAAAACAACGAAUAAAAUUGUAAUUUUGGGGAAAUCAGGUUGCGGAAAAAGCUGUAAUGUUACAAGAAUAAAAUCAAAAUAUGGAGAUAAAGUCAUCAUUACGACAACAAAAUUUACAAGAAGAAAGUUGAAAUAGCUGGAGGCUUAAAAAACUAAUUUUAUGACAAUAAAGUCAAGAGGUAAAAGCUGCAAUUUUACAAGAAUAAACUCAUAACAUUACGAGGAAAAAUAACGUCAUUUUAGUAGCAUAGAGCUGGAAUAUUAAAGAAAAAACAUGUUAUUUUUAAAGUCAUAAUAUUAUGAGAAAAAAACUAAGCAAAAUAAAAUUGUAAUUGUUGUAAAAUUUGCUUUGGGAAAAGAGUUAUAAUUAUGGGAAGAAAAUUUACAAGAAAGGCGAAGUAGUUAUAGUAUUAACUGCUGUACUUUAACAAAAAUAAAGUCAAAAUAGUAACAAAAAAAAUGUUGUUUUCUAACAAGAAAAAGGUAACAAUUUUCCAUCCAUCCAUUUUCCUCCGCUUAUCCAGGUCCGGGUCGCGGGGCAGCAGUCUCAGUAAGGAAGCCCAGACUUCCCGGUCCCCGGCCACCUCCUCCAGCUCCACCAGGAGGACACCAAGGCGUUCCCAGGCCAGCUGUGAGACAUAAUCCCUCCAGUGUGUCCUAGGUCUGCCCCGGGGCUUUCUCCCGGCUGGACAUGGGCAUGGGAACACCUCACCAGGGAGGUGUCCGGACUAGAUGCCCGAGCCACCUCAACUGGCUCCUCUCGAUGUGAAGGAGCAGCGGCUCUACUCUGAGCUCCUCACCCUGUCCCUUAGGGUGAGUCCAGCUACACUGUGAAGGAAACUCAUUUCAGUAACAAUUUUAUGAGAAGAAACCAUAAUAUGGGGGAAAAUAAUGUCAUUUUAGUAGUUUGAAAGUUUGAAAUACUGAAAGAAAAAAAAAGUUAUUAAUUUUUAUUUUUAUGAGAAACAAAACAAGCAAAAUUGUAAUUAUUGGAAAAUUAGGUUGCAGAAAAAAUUUGAAUUAUGAGAAUAAAAGUCACAAUAUUAUGGGAAUAAUAUGGGAAUGGGAAAGUCGUCAUUACAAGAACAAAAUUUACAAAAAAGUUUUUAAACAUUUGGGGGAAAAACAUCAAAAAUGGGAAAAACAGCUGCAAUUUUAUGAGAAUAAAUGAGAAAAAAAUUGUAUUCUAACGACAAAAAAACUGCAAUUUUACAACAAUAAACUAUAAUAAAAAAUGUCAUUUUAGUAGCAUAGUGUUGAAAUAUUAAAGAAAAAAAUAUGUUCUUUUUCAAAAGUCAGAAUAUAGAAACAAAAUAAAAUAAACUUGUGAAUUUUGGAAAAUAAGGUUUGGGGGAAAAAAAGUUAUGAUGUUACGGGAAUAAAGUCAUAAUAAUACGAAAAGAAAAUUCACAAAAAAUAUUUAAGAAGAAAGUUUAAAUAUUUGGAAAAAAACCCAGCAAAAAUGGGUAAAAAAGUUCAUAUUAAUAAUGUGCUUUUUCACCUAUAUCACAAAGAUGGGAUGCUGUUUUUUUCUUGAAAUAUAUACAACUUCUUAGCAUAUAUACUGUACGUGUGUUGCUUUACAAAAUAUUCAGUAUGUGGCCCUCGAUGGAAAAGGUUUGGACACCCCUACUUCCUCCUAAUUGCUCUGUAUUACUUAAGAUUAAUGUGUACUCAAAGGCAUCUGAUAUGCCAGCGGUAGGGAACCCAUGGCUCGGGAGCCAGUUGUGAUUCUUUUGAUGACUACAACUGGCUCUUUAUUAUACAUGGCUCUCAUGGAAAUACAUUUUUAAAUAUGUGGCUUUCAUGACUCUCUGAGCCAAAAAGGUUCUCGACCCCUGCGUUAUGUAAGGGUUCAAACUCUAUGUUGACCAGAGUGUGUGUAAAACGGAGAUGUGGGUAUGCCACACGCACACACACACACACACACACACGGUGUUUUUCUACAAAACUAAAAAAAAAAAAUCACGCUGCCAUUGUUUGCUUGGGGCUCAGCUCAUGGGUCAAAAGCAACUUUAAGCACCACCCCCUCACAGAGCAAAGAGAGCAACGCUCCGCCAAGGCCUGCGGAUAAAGUACAUCUUUUUUGGAGGCUUUUAGGUGCCCGAUAUGUCUUUAGAACAACCCUUGGCUUCCAUUCAUUUUCCAUUUUGCUUGUUCUCAUUAGCAUCAUUCGUGAGCUGGAGUCUAUCCCAGCUGACUUUGGGUGCGAGGUGGGGUCCACCCUGGAGUGGUCACCAAUCAAUCACAAGGAACAAAUAUCACAGGGGGUGGGCAAUUAUUAUUAUUAUUAUUUUUAAACACUAAAGAAGUAGCCAGCAAUGAUUUUCAAUGCGCGUUCGAAUCACACAGGAUAUAGCCACGAGCGAUCACAACUCGGCUUGCCGCAGUCCAAAGAACCACCUCACCCACAGCACCAACAAAAACAACCUACCCCCUAACCUACCCCCUGCGUGGGCAUACAAAUGAUACCUAUAUCUUUACCGCAAAGCAUGCCGGGUAUCUUGCAGAGUUUGCCUCCAAAGUUGGCUUCUGUUUGAAGCCCAACUUGUGUUUUCCUGCACUUUCUUUCUGGGGCAAGUUGCUUUUUUGAGAGCGCCAUGAUUAAAAAGCCUGAGAGAGGCAAUUAUUUAAUGGCUUGCUUAAAUAACAUACAUUUCUCACUUACCCACUCUGGUAAUGGAGCCAUGCUAAUGGUUCUCUUUUGGUCCACGACUUUUCACAGUUCUGUAAUAUGUCUGCUCCCAGUCCAAUGUACCGUAAUUAAGGUAACAUACAUUGAAUUUGUGGUACCCGUGGUAUUUUACUCCAUGUUAUCAGCAAGUCAAGCUAGCCCACAGUUUCGUGUCCCGUGUAAUCCGUGGACAAUAGAGUAGAAUACACAAAAACUGGGCAGGAGCUCACCGGCUAUUAGUUUUAAAUGAUAAAUAAUCUGAAGCUCUUUAUUCUGACCUGAACACAUAAACAGCAGUGCAGUUCCCACACCAUACAUGUACAGCAUCACACAAACACGUCUCUAGUCCCGUCGUCAUCGGAAAGACACUUCCUCAUGCUCGCUGGACAACCGCGAGCUGCUUUCAGGGACACUAGCGUCUUUAUUAUGCGUGUAUGUGUGGUCUAGAUAAACACAAAUACAAAGAAAAACAAUAAGUAGAUAUUCUUAUCACUUUGUAGCUAUUAAUGCAGAAGUACAAGUUGCUGCAUUUAAGUAUACUUGGAAAUCCCAGAAAAUAAACUCUCUACCGCUUAAAUGGCGUGGUGUCUUUGAACGCAACACCGCAAUGCUACUAUUAAAGAAGCCAUUGCUAGGUAAAUACUGUACAUUUCAAGACAUACAAUAGUUUGAAACCCGUUAUUCAUCUCAUAAAAAAAUGUUUAGUUAUUUGACAGUCCUAUUUUUUUUAUAAAUAGAAAGUGGUGUGAUGGCGCUAAAAAGAGUGCCGCAGCUUUUAAUCCAGUAGAGAGCGCUGUUUCACGAACGCACAAAUAGCAGCGAUUUACUACAUUCAAUUUGCCAUUUGUGCUCAUGCAUGUUUAUUUGUUCUGAGGUAAUGUGGGGAAAAAAAUUCUGCUGCUUAUCCUGUUCAGGGUCAAGGGUGAGAUGGAGCCUAUCCCAAUUGGCUUUGGUUUAGAGGCGGGGUUUGUCAUUCCUCCAAACCCUCAUUUCGGACCCACAUUUGCAAUGCAAGUGAUUGUUGGAAUUAUUAAAGCAUAUUCAGCUCCACAACCCUCCCCUUCUCUCUUCAAUUGCCAUUGUUCACUAUAGGAACGGCCAUGGUGAUCAAUGAACUAUGGGACGUUCAAGGACUGCCGAACAAAGUGCGAAAAAACACUAUCAUUGAAGCAUAAAGACAUAAUAAUGUAAAAAUUGUGGGCUUUUUUUAAGCAGUACUACAUGUAUGCUGUACAUUUUACCUGUAUUAUCACGUAUGUAUAAAUGAUUACUUAUUACUAGAGUUAGGGUGAAAGAGACGACCUAUUUUCAGGAAAAAAAUAUACCAUCCAUUCAUCUUCUUCCGCUUAUCCGAGGUCGGGUCAUGGGGCAGCAGCCUAAGCCUCUCCCUAGCCACUUUGUCCAGCUCCUCCCGGCAGAACCCGAGGCGUUCCCAGGCCAGUUGAGAGACAUAGUCUCUCCAACACGUCCUGGGUUUUCCCCGAGGCCUCCUACAGGUUGGACGUGCCCUGAACACCUCCGCAGGGAGGUCUGGCUCCUCUCAAUGCGGAGGAGCAGUGGUUCUACUCUUGAGUUUCUCCUGGAUGACAGUGCUUCUCACCUUAUCUCUAAGGGAGAGCCCAGCCACCUUACGGGAAAAACUCAUUUCGGCCGCUUGUACCCGCGAUCUUGUCCUUUCAGUCACUACCCACAGUUCAUGACCUGUAAAUUGAGAGCUGUGCCUUUCGGCUCAGCUCCCUCUUCACCACAACGGACCAACGCAGAGUCCACAUCACUGCAGAAAAUAUACAAUGCAUAUGUGUAUUAUUAAAAUAAAAAAUAGAAUAAAUAAAAUCAUACAUUCCAAUUAAAUAAUGAAUUUUUUUUUAAAACCAAAAAUCCCCCAAUCUGCAGGGCCGCGAAUGCAAAUUUGCAGGGAUGACUGCAUGAUGCUUGAUUUGAUCAAGCUGUCCUAAUAGUUGAGAUAAAUGGCCAGCGUUGUCAAAAUGAUGAGAACAGGUUAUCAAGUACAGCGCUGAGUGUAUCCACAAUGUACACUUUGUGUCCUCCUGGCCAUGCAGCGUAUCGAUCUGUCUCAUGUCCCCGUAGUUCCGCUUGAGUUGUAUUGUUCCGUAGGAUGAUGAAUGACGCUGAGUAGAUUUCAAGUCAGCAAUAAUUACUGCUCUCUACAUCAGUGAGCCAAGACAAUCAGACAGUUUAGAGCCAAUCUAUUAACACCCUGAUUGCUGUUUUCACAAGGAGGCAGAACUCAAUUCCCUCGGUUCCAGCUUGCGAAAUCCUCCAAUUCGCAAAGCCUCCUGAGCUACUGUGCACCAUCGUGCAUUUUGACCUAUCAUUAUAACAGUCAAAGAUGGUGAGACUCGUCAAGAACCCACGAGGCUCCUAUUUUUUGUCAUCCAAACAAGAACACCAUGAAAAUCCCCACCAUAUGAGAGACGCUUGAGGGGAAACAUUACAUGGUAGAAGUUCACUUUCAUUUGCAGUUGACACAUGAAUUGCACUUAUGUACCAAUCCAUCUGUCGCUCAGGUGUCCUAAGUCGAGGCCAGUCAUUUUGAAAAGCCUGGAAAUAAUGCAUAUUGUGCCAAAUAUCCAGUGUGUGUUUUAAACUGUAAAUAAUUCGUAUUUUUUAUGGCCGAAGACGGCGCUGUCUCACAAGUCAAUUCACUCAACAUUUUCCAGCAGGAAGAUGCUUUGACAAGACAUAACUGCGUGUUACAUAACAUGCAUGUUUUAUUAAGUACAAUACAGGCUACUGUAUGCCUGUAAUUGCUUCUCGAUGUGUUAAACGGAAUUUAAAAUGUUUAAAAACUGUGAGAGGCAUAUUGUAGGGCAAGGAUGUCCAAACUUUUUCCACCAAGAAUGCAAGGGCUGUUUUGACACACUUUGCACAUUAAAGAUGAGAAAAACAGUGCUUAAAGGGAUUUAUUGCACCACCUGUCAUAAAAAAGGAAAACUCACAUUUACUCUUAUUGUUAUUUAAUUGCCACUUCACUGACACUUUUAAAAUAAUUUUCAUUUGACAAGAAGAACUACAUCUGUGAGUACCUUUAUCCAAGUCCCGCACGGCAAAAGCACGCCUUUCGAUGACGUAUAGGUCGGAUAUAUGUGACCUGGCCGCUCAGACUGCAGUAGAUCGGAUACAUAUCGGAUUUCUGUCUACAUGCGAACAAGUGCUGAGUUGCAUUAAAAAAAAAAAAAUCAAAAUUGUGCUGUUCACAGUGACAUGAAAAAAUAAGAUACAGGUCGCAAAUGAGUGCGAGUACGAGAGCAAGACAAGAUGAGAUUUUUACAUUAAUUUGAAGAAAAAUACAAUUAAAAAAAUGACUGGCCAAACCAAUUUUUACACUUUAUUUAAACGAGUCACUAAGCAAAAAUUUAAAUGUUUAUCGUCCCGCAUAUUGAUGAUAAACAAUAUCAUUGUCAACAUUUUUUGUGACCAAAUAAACCACUAAUGUUAUGAUAGUAUGUCAUAAUAAUAAUAUAACAUAAGGAUGCGAUAUUUUCUUUGAUAUGUCAUGUUUGACUCUGUAAAGUUGUGGAAUUGCCGUUUGUGGCAUGUGUGUUCUCACAAUAUACAACAAUUCAUAUUGUCUGUCAAACGUUUGCCGCAUUUCUUCAAAUGCUGGCUUUUCUACUGUAUUAAAGAGCAGCAUUUCUUUUCCAAUGACGUUCUGUAAACGCACACAAUUUUGCGCUGUUCUGUUUGUAUUUACUUUGCCGAUCAAACCUUUCAAUGAGUGUUAAC